AUCAAUUGAUAGUAAUGCCAACUGUUUCGGUCAGAUUGUGAUGGAUGGUAAUUUCUACUCUUCAUAUACAAUACUAUUUGACCUUUUCAAACCAGAUCAAUUGAUAGGAGAGGUUUUUUUACACGGAGAAUCCAGUGUCAAGGCUGCAGAGUAUUUAGGAGUGCUGGACAAGAAACAUCUGGUCAACUUUGGAGAGGAUCUAUUUGCAGAGCCCUGGACUAACCUUGUAUUUGCCAACAAAGAUAUAUUCACUGAAUUACCGAAAAAGUCCGUUACUUCAGGUGAUUUAAUAAGUUCAUUGAACAGUCUUACGCCCAGUGAGACUCUUAUCGAGCAGAAAGUCAAGGCACUCAAGCUCCGCGACACCAACAAAAUUGACUACCGCUUUUCCAGAGUUGAGGUCGAGGUUGUGGAUAUGAACAGUAUUGAUUUGCAGGCAAACGAGCCUUUGAAAGCCAAACUUCUGGGCUAUGGAGUUAUCAGGCUUUUCAGAGACCGUGAUGAUAUCCAGAACGAGGAAGAAGAAACAAAGACCACUGGAGAUGAAACUAUGGUUGCUAUAUUAGGAGUGCCGUUCUACUUUUCGGCCAGCGACCUGUUGCUGGGAUUCUUUGAUACCAAUGUGAGAAAUCAGGUGUCUCACUUCAGACUAAUUCGGACGCAAGCUCCUAAUCGAUUUAUGGUGUUGAUGAAGUUCAAAGAUGCAGCACAUGCAAGGGAUUUUGUUGAUAGCUAUAACGGGCGGCCGUUUAACUCCAUGGAGCCAGAAACAUGCCAGGUUGUCUUCAUCAAGGAGAUACUCUUUCGACCAAACAAACACGAUACGGAUACCCUCAGCACGAUACCAUAUCUUCUAGACGACCCAUUUACAUCUAGUAACACAGCUCCCAGCUCUUCAUCACAGCUGAUAGAACUUGCUUCUUGCCCCGUUUGUUUGGAGCGUCUCGAUUCGUCCGUCACAGGGCUGCUUACCAUCCCAUGUCAGCAUACUUUUCAUUGCCAAUGCUUAUCAAAGUGGAAGGAUGACUCGUGCCCUGUGUGUCGCUAUUCCGCAAAAUUUGAUGCGCGCAGGAACCGUCAGGCAGAUCAGGAGGAAAGGUGUCUGGUUUGCGGGACCAGUGAGAAUUUAUGGAUCUGUCUCAUAUGUGGCAACAUAGGAUGUGGAAGGUACGAUUUAGGCCACGCUAUCGACCAUUACAAUGAAACUUCACAUUGUUUUGCUAUGGAGGCAACAUCGCAGCGUGUUUGGGACUACGCAGGCGACAACUACGUCCAUCGCCUAGUUCAAAAUGAGGCGGAUGGGAAGCUGGUGGAGUUGCCUAUCCACAGUGGGAAAGAGCGCGACUCCAGCUCCUCAGGAAACGAGGACAAGGUUGAGAAGAUUGGGUUUGAGUAUUCAAAGAUGCUGAUUGCUCAGUUGGAGUCCCAACGUGAGUUUUACGAGAUGAAGCUCGAGGAGGCUAGUAACCGAGUGUUAUUGGCCAACGAGAACAUACAUGCUAUGAGGGAGCAGCUCCACGAGCUCCAACGGAGUUUUGCAAAAGUAAAGACAGAGAAAACAGAAAACAGUAAGAAGCAGAGAGAUUUGGUGUUGGAGAAAAAGUAUAAAGAAGAAGUCACAUUGAACGAAGCACUAUCUGAGAAGGUGGACUACCUCACAAAAGAGAACCAAGAGCUAAAAGCACAGAAUGCAGAGCUGCAGGAGCAAGUUAAUGAUAUUAUGUUUUAUUUGGAAUCGCAAGAGAAAUUUAAGAAUGCACCGGAUGAAGUGAAGGAAGGUAAGAUUAUCACCAGACCUAGUCGGAAAGCAAAGGAAAAACGCUAAUCGUGGUCUUUCAGAUCCACCAGGUAUUCCUCAUUGGUGUACGAGAAAUUAUUGAAGUACACGGACUCCUCGAAUUGGUUGUCUGCAGUCGGUUUUUUGAUUGCAAUGUACGAGGACGUGCUCGUGGAUCUCGACUCUUCCUCUAUUUCUUUGAGCAGGGAAUGUUCAAUUGGCGAACUUGGCGGUGUGAUCUUCAUCGAGGUGAAUUCCUCAUCAAAAUUCUCGGCCAGCUCGGGGUUCGUCACGACUGGCACUAUUGGGGGUGGCUGUUCUGCAUCAUUUUGGUCUAUAACAUGCUGCCAAUUAAUAUACCGGAAAAAUCUAUGGGAUCGAACUUUUUGGUCGAACUCCGUGUCGCAAUUGAGCCUUUUUAGCGGAUUCUUGUUGAGAAGCUUAAUCAGCAAGUCUUUGGCGUCCUGCGAAAGAUAAAAUGGGUACCUUACUUUUUGCGUGAGAAUCUUGUCCAUGAUUUUUUUGUUGUUGUUACCAGUGAAUGGCGGCGACCCCGUCAGCAGAUCAAACGUAACAGCUCCCAGAGACCACCAAUCGCAUUGACUAUCGUAACGUUCACCUUGGAUAACUUCUGGGGCAAUGUACUGAGCGGUUCCAAAAAGUGAACUACUUUCAGUGGACACUUUGCUGAGACCAAAAUCUGUCAAAACCAAAUGUCCACGUCGGUUGAGCAUGCAAUUUUCUGGCUUUAGAUCGCGAUAAAUCACACCGGUAUGCAGAUGCAAGUGCCGCAGAGCAAGAAUUAUCUCGGCUACGUAGAAACACGCAAUUUUCUCAGACAAGAUCCUUUCUUGCGACAAAUGAUGGAAUAACUCCCCACCUUCUAGAUACUCUAGAAUGAGAUACAAUUUAUCAAAAUCCUGGAGAGCAUAGAAUAGUUUCACCACGUUUGGGUGUCUGACGCGCUCCAAGAUGGUUCUUUCUGUUAGCGUUCUUUCGUAAUUUUUUGCGUUCACAAUCAUGGAAGCCUUGCGGAGCUGCUUUUGUGCGUACAAUUUGCCUGAAAUCUUGUCCUUGACCAAUAUGACUUUGCCAUAGCUACCCUUACCCAGUACUUUGAUUGGUUGGAAAUCUGUCACCUUCUUUUUGCGCUUUCCUGCCUGAUAAGGCAGGUCGAUGGGCACUUCAUAGGACUUUGCUAGCCGACUUCCAACCCCGUCAGAUGAAGCAAAGUCUCCAUGUUUGGAUACAUCUAGCUCAUUUGACUC